AUGCGGCUGCUGGCGCUGGCCCUGCUCCUGCUCCUGAGCAGCUCGGUGCCGGCGGGCGGUCUGUCGCUGGAGAGCCUGCUGACCAACAUGAGGUGCAAGUGCAUCAAAUCCACCGCCCACGUCGUCAGCCUGGGGCUGAUCCUCACCAUCGACGUUACCCCGCCGGGCAUUCACUGCAGGAGGAAGGAGGUCAUCCUCACCCUGAAGAAGAACAGGCGGGUGUGCGUGACCCCCGAGGCGCCCUGGAUCCAGCUGCUCAUCCACAAGCUGAUGCAGAGGAACGGCAUCAAAAAAGCGCUGCCGCGGCUGCGGCGGGAAGCACCGUGCUGCCGGACCCCUUGGACGCCCCCCACCCCGUCCCUCCCACUGGCCACAUCCCAGGAAUCCACGGCUAUGAAUCCCUCGUGGGACAGCAGUGACACAACCCCCCUGCCCUGA